AACGACCAAAGCAUACAACGUCUAACAGAAGCUUGCCUCUUUAUCGAGAGCAUAUUCGCUGUCUCGCAGACCAGUGGGAAGAUAUACGAACCGUGCGCUAGUUUUUUUUUUCCCCCUCUGAGUUCUAGGCGCGAAACACCAGGCAUGCCGAAUAGAUGAGGCGUAACGCUGGGUCGGCUGCCUCGCAUUCCCCGUAGAUUAGUGGACGAGUGCUGCGCGUGCCGAGCGCUGCCGGAGCGGCGAUGUGGGCCCUACUGAGUCGUGUCGCGGUCUUUCUGUUCAUGCAAAUAAGGCCGACGGUCAAGUGGGUCCUCCGCAAUCUGACGCGCUUGUGCGAGUUGCAGCGCAUUUGCUACGGGACCGAGCGGGGAUGCGAGCGCACUCGUCAGCUCGAGUGGAGCUUGCAGAUGUCGCGCACCCCGGCCGUGCGGACCAUCUACGAAAGGUUAAUGCAACUCGCCGACGAAGGCCGCUUCACCAAGGAGCUGUGCGUGAACGCGGUCGAUUACGCCGUCAUCGGCGUCGCCUACGUCAAGAAGAUCAACACGCAGGUGCACCGCGAGUUCGUGCGCUCCUUCCGGACCAGCAUGCUGCAGAUGUGCGGCUACCGGCAGCUCGUGCACGAGGUGGAGCUGCUGCGCAAGAUCCAGUUCGUGGCGCAGGACCCCGAGCACCUGAGCAAGCUGCUGCGGCUGUGGAAGCUGCUGCGACCCGACGAGCACCUGCGCGGCCCGGUGUCGAAGCAGUGGACCGAGGUGGGCUUCCAGGGAGAGGACCCGCGCACCGACUUCCGUGGCAUGGGCAUGUUGGGGCUGGAGAACCUGGUCUUCUUCGCCACCGAGUACACCGAGGUGGCGCGCCACGUCCUCUCGCACUCGCUGCACCCGCAGUACGGCUACUCGUUCGCCAUCGUGGGCAUCAACCUGACCAGCCUGCUGUACCACCUGCUCGUCAAGGGCAAGCUCAAGUCGCACGUGUACAACGCGGUCGUCGAGCGUCCGCACGUGGACGACUUCCACAGGGCGUACUGCUACGUCUUCUUCGAGUUCGACAAGUUCUGGCUGGCCGAGAAGCCGGCCGACAUCAUGGAGUUCAACCGCAUCCGGGAUAAGUUCGAGGACCGGCUGGUGCAGAUGCUCGAGAGGGACGACUGCCUCUUCAAGCUCAGCCUGGCCGUCAAGAAGGUCUGAGUGGGCUGCCAUCAGUGGUACGCCAGCCUAGUGCUCGGCUCACACUUGCCAGAGCUGUAAACCAGCUCACAGUGCUGCGUGGGGUGCUGGUGGUGAAAUUAUUGCCGGAUGACAGGCAGAGUCCAUGCAAUGCCCGGUAAGAAAGAAAAAAAAAAGAAAAAAUGCAAUUUCUGUACCCACCGCGCUCAUACACGAACUGCCCAUGUGCCAUAGCUCGGAUAUACCUGUGAUCGCAAUCGCGUCUUCAUAAUCACAAAUUCAUUCUCUUAUGUCUGGCAUACUCUCUCACUUUAAAAGGGAAGGUGCUCCUCGAUGCGCAUAUUUUAAUGUGAAUAUUUUACACCUGUGAUUUUUACGUGUUUUCUCAAAUAUCACAUGAUCACCCCUGGUGUGUUUAUUUUUGUGUUGUUUUCCAAAACGUUUGCAAUGCAUCUGGGAAAGGUUUUGAAAGGUACACGUCAUAUUGGUUUGUGCCAGUUUGCAAAGCAGAGAUGAGUGCGUUUAAUUUAUAGACAUUUAUGAAGUGCAAAACUUGGGGUGGUUUGGGACUUCUUUCUUCUUGGUUUGCAUUAGUUUGUGUGUUCAGAUGUUUUAAAAUACUUUAGUUGUGACUUGCAGUAUUGUUCUGAGUAGCUGAAAACACAACUCAAAAGCUGCUUUCUUUCAUGGGAGUGUAUGAGACAGCUUCCAUAAACCUACAGAGAAGCAGUUAGACCAUUCGUGAUAUUCAAAUAUUGAAGCGAUUGUCAUAAGCUACAGUUCACAUUUUCGUUUGCUAAUGAUCCCCCUCUGGACAUUCGCCUGUGCAGAGCUAAUCAUUUUCAAGUGCAGCAUUAGAUUGUUAUUCAAUAGUAUUUGUGGUGCUAGUCGUCACCAAUUCUCAUUUAAUUAUCCCUGCACUCUAGGAUGCUUCUUAAGUUGCCUUGCCUCGGAAAUGUGAGCUGCAGUGUUCGCUCAGUGACGAAAGUAGUCAGUGUGCCUUGUACUGUUUCAUGCAUGGCAUGCGAUGCUGUGGACACUGAUAAGACUUAGCGAGGGUGAAAAACAGUGCAAGACGAAAAAAAUGGGGUAAACUGUAUGUGCACUGGACAACACCUAUUUUAUUGGCUGCUGCUUUCCAUGAAAGAGAAGUAGUUCAGUGUAUAAUCCUGCAAAUAUGCAAAAUUGUUCUAACUUUAAAGAGCCAGUAAAUAUGCUCCAAGGUUUUUUUUUUACACCUCUCAAACAAGCCUAGCAAUUUUUACAAAGGACUGUGGUGAUCACAUUUUCAGCAUAUUAGAGCGCCGGGUGCCGUGCAGACCUUUGAUUUCGAAAAACAGUUCCUGGUACCCUUUUCCUUCUGGCCAAUCCCCCUUGUGCUCGCAGUGAUGCAAACUUGCCCAUGGACAACUUGAUGUAACACUGAGCUCAUCGAUUGGUCCUUUGCCCUACGAAAUGGUGCCUUGGCCCUGUAGUAAUGCUGUUUUGGCCAUACAGUUCGCAUUUUCAUUCUCCUC